AUGCUACAGAUCACUAUCCUAUCGAUAUUCAUUGUGGACACAGAUAUUCGGCCCUCGCUGCAUGGGUCAACUGUGGCCUAUGGGCACUCUACCGCCCUUUUUAUAGACCGGCUACUUCAAGGCACUUCCGAAGAGGCUUCUCUCUUUGAUGAAUUUUCGGUUCUACAACCCCAUGAUCAGCAAGGUAUCUCUGCCAGUUACUUUGACAAUAUCCACCCUGUAUUCCCUUUCCUCAUUCAGGCCGAGUUCGAAGAAACUGUGAAAACACUCUAUGUGUCUCAGUCAUUCGGCACAGAUAUUGCAUUUAUUGUUUUGUAUCAGGCGGUUUUAGCGUUAGGAUGUCAGUAUCAUGGCUGUGGCUCGUUUGACGCGGGAACUGGAAAAGCUUGGAAGUUCUUUCAAACAUCACUUGGCUACGUGCCCCGACUGUUAUUAGCUCGAGAGUCUCUGAAAGCCGUCCAGGCAAUAACAGCAUUGGCCAUAUUUGCGAUGAAUACAUCCUGCCUCCAGGUAGACCAUACACUCCUAGCCGAGGCAACUCGAAUGGUCCUUGCACUAAGGUACCACAAGUCCUCUGUUGUAGAUGGAAGUCCAAUGGAGUGCCACCGAGUCUUUUGGGUAGUCUACCACCUUGAAAAACAGUACAAUUUUCAAGGUCGAAGGGCUUCGGCAAUUGCUGACUGUGACGUUGGCUGUCCGGUUCCCGAGGUUCAUCAGUCCAUUUUCGGGGAGUUUAACUGGCUCUUGGCCUCGAUUCGGAUCAGUCGAAUAUUUUCGAUUGCCUACGCCUGCUUGUUCUCGGUGGAUGCUUCUACUCAUCAACCUGAACAGUUAAUUUCGGCCGUUGACCAUGUGCAAAAAUUGUUAGAAGACUGGAGGAAAUCUAUACCUAUCGACUAUCGACCAGGAGAACCACCCACGCGGCCUUUUCCCUCCCAGUCCGCUUUAAAGGAAAUAGCCUUACGCACACACUUCUACUAUUUUCAUCUGCUUAUAACAUCGGAGCGAUUGAAGCUUCACCUUGCUUCCAAUCAAGGCAAGAUACACGAAAGCGAGAAGACUCUUCUAAAAGCAGCUGGGUCAGUCAUUGAACUGACCAGUCAAAUUGAUGUUGAGCCGUAUACGCCUACAUUUGUUUUGGCCAUUAUGCCUCUGGCUGCCCUUUUUAUCGUCUUUGAUUUUGUUAUCCAUUAUCCAGACAAUCCUGAGACACGCCAAAAUCUCAUGCUGAUGGACAUUGUCUCUGGACAUUUCAGCCUUAUCGAACGGCGUUCCGGGGGAACACAGCCGGGAGGCUAUUUAUCAUAUUUUCCAUAUAUUGCUAGAGGAUAUGUCGAGAGCCACGAGAGACAAAUAAGCGACCAAGCGAUUAUGUCCGAGUCCCGGAGCACCGAGGACAUCCAAAGCUUGCCCGCGGAACGAUCAGACACUUGGGUCCAAAAUGAGAUUUAUAACCACGUCAUCGAGGGGAGAACAGCAACGAGGAGCGGAUCAAGUAUUCGGAAUGAUUCUCCUGCAUUUGAGGAUUAUUUCACAAGCGACAAUUUAUGGCGUUCCAGUAUGCAGACUGCCACGGAAGCUGAUUUAGGGGCCCUAUUCGCGUCGGUCAUAGACUGGGAGAUGGGCUCGGCACUACAGAUUGCUGGCGAUGAGAACCACCAGAGCGGACUAAAGAUGGCUGCCAACGUGAUUGGCUCUAUUGGGGUUAUGGCCUUAUUAUUGGGAAUGCUUGAGCUCAUUGCGAUAGUGAUUCUACGCCGCGACCCAAUCCCCAAGAUGAUGUGGACCAUUCUUCAUCUGACGCAGUAUGCCGUUCUCAUCCUUUACAUUGUUGGCAUGAGUACAUCGAGAAAUGACCUGAGUCAAGCCGCGUCCAUAUUGGUCGCAGUAUUGUUCCUUGUCCAGACUGCCAUUUGCGGAAUGAUCGAGUACCAGUGUCGGUCAUGCAAGAGUGGCCGAGCUCUCACGACUAUUUGUCUUAUAAGCAUACCUUUCCUCGGGGUGCGUGUCGCUUACGGGCUAGCAACCAUGUACGUCUUCAGCGACAGCAGAUUCAUGACAGGGGUAUCAGGUGUCGUCGCCCUGGCAUUCCUCCAAUACUUCAUGGAGUUUAUUGUGUCUACACUAUUUUUGUACGCCGGAGUGGCAUUGUUACCGCGAACUCGGGCAGGAGACGAGGAAAGAAUGAGUGUUGAACUGAAAGAGAACACUGGUCAAAAUGGUUAUUCUUAA